AUGGCUUUUCUGAUUUUGUCAGCCGCAUUCGUUGCUAUGGUCGCUGCUGGUGGAUAUGCACCAGCUGCUGACAAUGGAGCCUCCUACCCGUCCGGACCUGCUCACUACCCAGUAUAUCGUGAUGACAGUUAUGGCAGUUAUGAAAGUCGUGAAAAGAAAGACCAUUUCCGCAAACUGAAGGAUCUUGACGCUGAUAAUGUCUUUGAUGCUGAUAUCACAUACUACAAGCACAGAGGAAGUCACUAUGCUAAAAUCAGCUGCAAACAGAACACUGACCCAAAGAAAUACACCUGGAUCUUGGCCGAUUCCAAAGACAAAAUUCCAAGCUUCGGACUCGAUGACACCGUUGCUCUUGCUGGAGGAAUCAACGUUCAGUACGUCGCCAAGUUGCACAACAAAAAAUGGAGAGGCAACAACUUUGUGAAUGAUGAUAAAGAGUCCUUCAAACGUGUCGGAUGCCUCCAUGGAGAUUUUGACGCAUUUCCUUUGAUUUAA